AUGGUGCCUAGAGUUCAACGGUUGAAUUUGCAUUGGUCACGUCAAGUAAACCAUUCGUUUAGAUAUAAAUCUCGUAUUCGACCUUUUCCUUAUUUUUCCUCACCGAACUCAUUUUUCCAAACAAUAAAAUCCACGGUGCAAUCUCGAGCAUAUUCUCCGCAACAAUUUUAUAAAAAUCGAAUCCUUGAUCAAUAUGUUUCCCAACCAGUAAAUACGAUUACAUUACGACAACUUGUUGUAUUCGGACGUAACCUUACAGAAGAUAGAUUAUUGAAAAGUGGUAAUUAUGUUAGAACGGAGCUACCAAUUAGGUUGGCGCAUAGGAUAAGGGAUUUUCAGAAUUUACCUUUUAUCGUGGGUACAAAUCCUCAUAUUGAGAUGGUAUAUGAUUUAUAUUGGUCAGCGUUUGAAAAAUUAAGAAAAUUUCCAACAAUAACGAAUUUGGAUGAAAAUGAUGAAUAUUGUGAUACCGUUAAGGGAUUAUUAAAGGAACAUUUGGUCGUUAUUCCUCAAUUGGCUUUGGGUAUAUCAGAAUGUUCUCAACAUUUGCAUCCUGAUCAACUUGACAGAUUUAUGAAUACAAUGUUAAGAUCAAGAAUUUCUAGAAGAGUUUUGGCCGAACAGCAAAUUGCCCUAACUGAAAAUUGGAAUGAUCCCGGUUAUGUUUAUGGACAAGAUGGACAUGAUGGAUAUAUUGGAAUCGUAUCUACUCAAUGCAAAUCCGGCGAAAUUGUUCAAAGGUGUGCAGAUAUGACGAGAAAUGUUUGUAGAACGAUUUACAAAGUUGAACCUCCUCAGGUUCUUGUGGACGGUCAUGUGGACACCACCUUUGCUUACAUACCAGAUCAUAUUGAAUAUAUGCUUUAUGAAUUAUUAAAUAAUUCUAUACGUGGUGUUAUGUUGAAAUUUUCUCCUUCUUUAAAACAUGUUUCUGAACCACCUGAACUUUUACAACAAUUUCAAAAACUUGAACGUUUAAAAUCUCCUGAUAUUAGUAAGGAUCCCUCAUCAAUAUAUCCUCCGAUUUCUGUAACGAUUAGCUCAGGUCCUACAGAUUUAUACUUUAGAAUAUCGGAUCAAGGAGGUGGAAUUUCUGAUGAGAUUUAUCCUCAUAUAUGGUCAUUUGCUUCUACUCCAACUUUAAAUAAUAAAUUUGAAAAUUUUGUUAAAGUACCUCAAAUGGCUGCUAAGGUACAAGAAUACGAACAAUCGAUCAUCCCUCCUACUUUACAUUUAGGCAUUGGAUUACCCAUGAGUAAGGUUUAUGCUGAAUAUUGGAGUGGUGGAUUAACGCUGUUUACUAUGGACGGUUAUGGUACUGAUGCUUACGUUAAAAUUUCUAGACUUGGUAAUAGAGAAGAAAAUUUAGAGUAA